UAAAGCCAUUAAGAAAGAAGGAAAGUUAUUGAAAUUUCUAAUGCUGUGAUUUAAUUGUUUUAGAUCGACAUGUACAUUUUUAAAGGAUAAUAGAAAAUGGAAAAAUACGAACAUUUGGCAAUCGUUGGUGAAGGUUCUUAUGGCUUGGUGAUGAAAUGUAGACAUCGGGAAACCGAUCAAAUUGUAGCUAUUAAGAAAUUUCUGGAGACUGAAGAAGAUGCCACAAUCAGAAAAAUGGCGCUUAGGGAAAUUCGAAUGCUUAAGAGACUGAAACAUGAAAAUUUGGUAGCGAUGAUAGAGGUCUUUCGGUACAAAAAACGGUUUCACUUGGUAUUUGAAUAUUUAGAAGGUACCGUAUUGGAUGAACUGGAUAAGAUGCCAGGAGGAUUGGGUGAAGAAAGGUGUAGGCAAAGGAUAUUCCAGGUGACCAGAGGAAUUAAUUACUGUCAUAGCAAUCAUAUCGUACACAGAGAUGUGAAACCAGAAAAUGUCCUGGUAUCUUCACUAGGUGUUGUUAAAUUAUGUGAUUUCGGUUUUGCAAGAUUAAUCAGUUCCACGUCAGAGGCUUGUACUGAGUAUGUAGCUACGCGAUGGUACCGAGCUCCGGAGCUUCUUGUAGCUGAACCCCAUUAUGGUACUCCGAUAGAUAUAUGGUCAAUUGGAUGCCUGUUCGCCGAGAUGAUGACGGGAGAUCCUCUGUUUCCCGGAAAUAGUGAUAUUGAUCAAUUUUAUUUGAUUGUCAAAAUGAUGGGAAAACCGUGUUCCAGACACCAGCAUUUACUAUCAAAGAACUCUAAACUUAGAACAACAGUCAAAUUUCCUACAGAAGAAAGCAUAGGCUUGUACAAACACUUCGAAUCCUGGCCAACACUUACUAUAGAAUUCCUAGAGAGUUGCAUGAAGAUGGACCCUCAGCAGCGACUAACGGCUGACGAGCUCCUGAAGCACAGCUUCUUCACCCACGAUAUGUUCCCACAGAGGUUUUUACCAGCUUUGAGGGAGAAGGUUAACGUCGAACUGAAUAAUCCACUCUUGAGGAAGUACAAGACUGAGAUACUUAUGUCAACGGAUAAGAGGGACGAGGUGAGAAGAAACCAAGCAGAGACUCGAAGUGGAGGCACAAUGAAGAGAAAACUCAGUAACGGAGAUGGAACAGUAAAUGAGAAUUUCAACGACAAAAAUUUAAUAACUUUGGCUGAAACUGCGCAAAGAUUGAACGUGUUACAGCAAAGAUCCAGCCAAGGUGCGCUGAUUUCCAAAGAUCGUGGAACAAAGGUCAGUCAUAGCAGCAACAACGCUUCGGAGAUUCAGAUGCUCGAAAAAUCACUGGAAAGUUUGGCCAAAUUCAGUUCCAGACAGGAACACCAAAAGGAUGAGCUCUCUGAUUCACCUCAAUUUCAGAAUUUAGAUUAUGGGGACUUCAAUCGAUCACCGCAAUCCCAUUUGAUUCUACACCCUACUAUUAAUAAUAUUAGUUUUAAUAAAGAUCCCCCAAAGAAAUCGCCAAACGUAUUACAAAGUAUUAACAACUUGACAACCAAGUCCACACAGGUACCUCUUCUAACCAAUCCCAGGACGCAAUUUCUCAAGAAGUUGGAAAGAAACGCAGUUGUUGAUAAUAUAUUUGCCACCGGCGACCAUAGUAACCCAUUCGAUAACACUCCAAUUUGGUAUAAUAGUUUUACCUCUAGCUUACUGAAAAAGAAAGAAGUCAAAACGAAACCUGAUGAUUUUGUGCUGCCCAAUCUACCAGGAGCUACAAACAGCCUUUUAAGGAGUAAAAAAAGAACAUCUCCAGAGAAGUCGCUACCACUCUCGAAUGAUAUAACAGCGAGAGUAAUGAGGCUUAAUAACUCAAUAUACAUUAGAAGUCAAGAAGCAAAUGAAGUUGUUUUACACAAUUUUAGUAUAAAAAUUAAAACAUUUUAUAAAAUUCCACUUUUUUUCCUAGAAAUUGAAACAACUUUGAAAUCACCAAUCGAAUAA